ACAUGACGAUGUCCUGAAAUCCUUGUCUAAAGUGGAGAAGAAGAUGUUAGAUGAAGUCACAUUGGUGAAAACUGCAUUAAAAGGUGGGAGACUUGCCGCUGUCCUUCUUCCCAAACGAUUAAAGGAAAGUCUUGAUCUCCUGUGCCAGACAAAGGAACGUUUGAAUCAAUUCCAAGAGAGCAUUUUCCUUCCCCAUCUGUAACAAGUUUGAUGCACUGUGAUGCGAAAAGUUUAUUCAGAAAGUACACUAAGGAAGCAGACCUGAGAUUACCACAAUUUGUCAGAUCCAGAAAUUUGAGGACUCAUGUAGGCACUAUGACACAGUUGUUGAAUCUUGGACCUGAUGGACUAAAAAAAGUAUCCAAAUUUAUGGGGCACUCAGAUGCAAUCCACGAUCUGUCUUCUGAACUUCCUGAAGACACUAUGCUCCUUGCUAAAUUCAGCAAACUUUUGUUCGCCUUUCAGAAAGGGGUAGCAGAGUUCAAGGGAAAAUCCUUGGAUGAAAUAGAAAUAGACGCGGAUACACUGGCAGAUGAAGAAAGUGACACUGAUCCAGAUAUAAUGGACUCCGAAAAGACAGAAAAUGUACAAGAAAAAGCCUCUACAUCAAAUUCACAAGAUGCAGAUGAUGAAGAGCCCCAAAGUGAGAGGAAAGUAAAUAAACCAAAGUCAAGGAAAAGAAAAGCCCAAGAAAUUAUGACAGUUUCAGGAGAAAAGCAUAGGAAGUAUUCAAAAGGUAAAGACAUCCAAGCGGUGCUUCUGACCUUUUAAAUUUAAGUUCAAACUAGAUGCACGGUGACGCACCGUCCGAGCAGCAAAGAGACCUCGGAGGUUGGGCAGCAACUACUUGAGCAGCUGCAAUGAAGACGCGCUGCUCUCACUGCCUACCCCUCGGCCUGCCCUCCGCAACCUGCACCUCGACGUGCUAACGUCAGACUUCGACGCGCUGCCCGACCUGCCCUCCCCGACGACGCUUAUGCUCGACUACUGCACCUGCGGACACAGUUCUCUACCCGGCCUACAGGACGAGCCCAAGCGCAGCGAGGAGCACAACAACAGGACGCAGCCGCGGCAGUGACUGGUCAGCAGCAGCACAACACCAGCAGCAUCGGCGGCACCUGGAGGAGCUCAACAACUAUACUCCAUACAGGUAAACUUACAUCUUUAGCAU